CCGAGAAUGACUACGGUUAUUUCACCAAAGCAAUUCUCUCCUGUUGAAGAUGCAGAAAUUAUCAAGAAGGCUUGUCAAGGAUGGGGAACGGAUGAGAAAGCCAUAAUUUCGAUACUCGGACAUCGGAAUUUAUUUCAGAGGAGGCUUGUUAGACUAGCUUUUCAAGAGAUUUAUCAUCAAGAUCUCCUCCAGCAGCUCAAAUGCGAGCUCUCCGGAGACUUGGAGAGAGCUAUAAGUCUAUGGACUCUGGAUCCUGCAGACCGAGAUGCUGUUUUAGCCAAUGAAGCUUUGCACAAAAGCGUUGUUGAUUAUAGAGUAAUUAUUGAAAUUGCAUGUAGCAGAUCCCCUGAAGAUCUCCUGGCAGUGAAACGUGCUUAUAAGUUUCGAUACAAGCGGUCCCUCGAAGAAGACCUUGCUUCUUGCACCGCCGGUGAUCUUCGAAAACUUUUGGUGGGGAUAAUAAGUGCAUACAGAUAUGAUGGGGAUGAGUUUGAUGAGACGCUGGCACAUUCUGAGGCCACCAUUCUCAAUCAUGAGAUCCAUGGAACGGGAUUCCACCAAGAGGAAGUGAUCCGAAUCGUGAGCACAAGGAGUCAAGCACAAGUCAAUGCAACAUUCAACGUCUACAAAGACAUCUUUGGUCGUUCCAUCACAAAGGCUUUCCCGGGCGGUGACUAUUUCUCUACGCUGCGCAUUGUGAUCCGUUGCAUUCGAGGCCCUCAAACGUACUUUGCAAAGGUGUUGCGAGCGGCCAUCAACACGGCCGGCACGGAUGAAGACGGUCUGAGUCGGGUGAUCAUCACACGCGCGGAGAAGGACUUGAAGGAGAUAAAGGAAAUUUAUCUGAAGAGAAACAGUGUGUCGCUUGAUGAAGCGGUUGGAAGAGACUGUUCUGGGGACUACAAGGACUUUAUUCUAACCUUAUUAGGGGCCGACCAAAGUUGAAGAUGAAGCUCUUUACCAAGUUUUUUGUUUUCUGAUCUUAGGUAGACAAAUAAAUAUGUUGUUUUUUUUAAAUCUUUAUGCAUAGCCAAUCACUAGGAACC